GGAUUGCGCUACUCUGCUCCGUAGGAGCUAUAUAGUGCUCUAAUCACUCCUAUCCAACGCCUCGUCGCCUCGUCCCAUCAUACAUAUUUUUCAGGAUCAAAUUGUGUGAUCAUCAUCAUCAAACGUUCAUCACAUGAUUCGGGAUUUAAUUUUCGGCGGCUUGCACGACGAAGCUCUUUCGAUUUGUUUGGUGAUCUUCAUCGUCUCAGUAUCAUCCCUCAUCGUUCUACCGUCAGAGUGUAUUAUCUUAAACUUAUGUACUGCCCCUGAAGCAACCGAGCGGACCGAGCGGACUGCCGAGGGUCUCCAUCAGUACUUUGAAAACCCUCCGCACCCCCAUCAGUCGUACUGCAAGCUUCUAACGGUCGUUUGCAGCAGCAAGGGGUCUGUAGUACUGUACCAGCCAUUAUGAACCACGACAUAACACACCUCAGCUUUUGCAUCGACGAGGACGAUGACGAGGUGAUCAUCAACGAAAACAAGCUCAAGGCAUCCGCGGUGGCUUACGUCAUUCGACGUAUUCGCGCUGGCGUCUCCGAACCCGAGGACAAUGGCGGUGAGGUCUGUGUCGGCGGAGAUGCAACGGAGCAUUUAGCCCGUAAAAAAGAAAAGCCUUAUUCUCCGAAAGAGACGAGUUGUCUAGUCUCGAAAGACGACUCUCGGGGAUCUUUAGACCUAUUCGAAGACUGCGAAACGGCGGAGGUAGCAACCCACCCGACGCCUGAUCAGACCGACCGGCAAGAUUCUUCCGUCGACUGCAUCACGCUCGCAUGCUCGCCGAAGAAGCAGAAGGCGCUGGAAGAUCGAACGUCCCUAGGAGAACAGACGACUUCGGGACCACCGCAACCGCCGUGUAGCCAAACCGUGCCUCCCGGAAAAGUGCCUACUUUGGAGGAGAUUUCGCUUGGAACAUUGUUUUGUCGCAGCAUCGACCUCGCUCGGGACGAUGAAAUACAGCAGGAACAACCCGUCGUUAGCUUGGAUGAAGACAAAAGCGGCUCUGCGAGUUCUUUGGAGGAUUCCAGCAGGGAAGUAAAAGCUCACCAGUGGAUCGAACAGAGCUGUCAGACGUCCUUCUGUUACGCGGAACGGCCGGCGCAGACAUCGGCGCCCGCCCCUGGAUCGACACGUAAAGUCGCCAUGUCAGCUAGUCCGCGGCGUUUCGCCAGGACUCCAACGCUGAGGUCGCCGUUCGGGCCUGUCGAGAACCUUCCUUGCAGUGAGGGAGGCGCGGCUUCUCCGCGUCGGCGCCCGUUACCCGGUAGCUCACCGUCUUGGAUUCCGGCACGCGGUGCGGUCAAGGCUCGGGGCUCGCCUCGUCAAACGGCCAAGUCCAAGGAGUCGCCGAGUCCCUUUAAGUUGCCGUGCAACAGAACGCCCUCCUCGGCGCCUCGGUCUGCCGGACGGAUGAACUCCCCUUGGGCGGUUGAGAGUCCGGUUGCCAGAUACAUUCACGAGAAGCCUGCACCCCCCCUUGUCCAGAUAGUGAAACCCAAAAAGUCACCUUCCGCUAAGUCCCUAUGUGCCAUUGCAUCAGCCCGGGUGACCACAGCCAGAUCCAGGGUACCAAUGGCGCCACUUUCGGCCAAGAAGUACCAGUCGUCGAAUAUGGGCAUCCUUUCCAAGGCUGGAGUGAACCAGUACGGUCCCCUGGAGCCCUUUGUCAUCAAGCACACUGUGCCCGAAGCAUCCCAGUGCGAAACCGCCAAUGAUAUUGAGGCAUCUGUCAUUCAAGUCAUUCGGAAAUGA